UUGCAGUUCACUCGGGUAGGGUCUCGGAGAGUUUAACAGUGGUGUGGUUUGAUCCCGAGCUGGACAGAGAAGGGCGGUGAUCGAAGGCACAGUCAAAGAGGAAAGUCUUCAGGAGUUUCUUUGUUGGAGCAGUAAUGGGAGCCCAAUUUUCCAAGACCGCUGCAAACCGCGAAACUGUUGCUGAAAAAGCCGGAGAGGCUGCAGCCGGAUCGCCUUCCAAAACCAACGGGCAGGAGAAUGGCCAUGUGAAGGUGAACGGCGACGCUUCCCCAGCAGCCGCCGCCGCCGCCGAGCCUGCGGACAAGGACGAGGUGCAGGCGAACGGGACCACCCCGGCCGAGGAGAGCAAGGAGGAGCCGGCGGUGGCGGCGGAGGCCGUCAGCAGUGGCAGCGGAGGAGAGAACAGUAGCAGCCCCCCGGCCACCAAGCAAGAGACCAACGGGGAGACUGGCGAGGCUCCAGCCGUGGCCACCCCCUCCCCAGCAGAGGGAGAAGUCACUGGGAAACCCGAGGAAGGGGCAGCGGCUGCUGCUCCCAGCCCAGCGACCAACGACACCCCCAAGAAAAAGAAGAAGCGCUUCUCCUUCAAGAAAUCCUUCAAGCUCAGUGGCUUCUCCUUUAAGAAGACCAAGAAGGAGACCGGCGAGAGUGCUGAGACCGAAGGAGCUGCGGCUACAGCUGCUGCUUCCGGGGAAGGGGAGAAGGAUCAGGCCGGUGCUGCGGCACCAGAGGCCGGCACUGCCGCCGAGGACCCCAAACCUGCCCAGGAGGGAGAAGCUGCUUCUGGGGCGAGCACCUCGGAUGAGAAGAAAGAGGAGGCCAGUGCCUCCCCAGAGGAGAAACCCGAGGAGAAGGCCCCCGAGAGCACCGCAGGACAGGAAACCAAAGCUGCGGAGGAGCCCAAGGCCAAUGACGAGAAGCCUGCGGCGGAGAAAGCCCCAUCCAACCCAGCCCCAAGUGCUGAAGCAUCUACAGCUGAGAAAGAAGCAGCCCCACCAGCAGUGCAGGAGCCACCAGCAGCGCAGGAGCCAGCUGUAGCGCAAGAAGCACCAUCUGAGUCUAGUCCCAAAGCACCAGCUGCCAACUCAGCAGAGUAAAAGUAUAACUGGAGUGAUAAUCAAAGGACCUUUUUCCAUGUUUGUUUGUUGGAGUGGUGCCAGGUACUGGUUUGGAGAACUGUCUUAACCAGGGAUUUAAAAAGGCAUUUUUAUUUUUUAAAAAUCCCAUUGCAUUCAUUCUGUUACCACCAUUCCAACAGGCAGAGAUGAGCCCCCAAAUCUGGCUCUGUCAUGAUUUUUUUUUUGCAUCAGUAUUACUGUUUUUUGCAUAUUUUGCAUCAUUUUAUACAAAAGUUUAAACUUUUUUUUGGUCAAUAUAUGGACAUGUCCAAUGGUGUGGAUAAUCUGGGUGGGUAAAUCCUGGGUAACAUGUAAAUGAAGUAAUAUUGGAGCCACAAUGCAGCGGUGCAGUUGCCAAGUGAAUGUGCCACAAGUUAAUGAUGUAAAGGAUUAGUCUUUUUAAAAAAUAUUACAAAUCUUGUGAAAGAUAUACCAUACCGUUUACAACACUAAAGUCUUGAAUUCAAGAGGGCAAGGAAAUCCGUACCAGAAAAUCAAUAGUUUUUAGUAAUACAUUUAAAUCAUAGAAACUUUUCACUUAUCUCAUUUUAGCUGUACAAGUCAACGUGAUAAGUAGAAAAAAACAAGUUGUAUAGGCGUUAUUGUUUAUUGCUGGUUCAUGACCUUAAAGUGUAAUUAUGUAUGACAGCAGGGUGUUUUUAACUGUGAUUAUGUAUAAAUAAAAACUUAAUAUCAAGAAGCACAUGAAGUUUGCAACUUUUCACCCUGCCCAUUUUGUAAAAUUGCAGUCAUCUUGGAAGAUCUUUUAAAAUCAAAUUUAAAUGAAAAAGCUGUGAUAAGUGGAAUGGUUGCUGUUUAUAUACUGUUGUAUGUUUGGUUACAGCAGUCAAUGCUUUUUUCAGUCGUCUUUGUUGACAAUUGGGAAAACUCUUCAGAUGCAAUGCGUUUUGUGUAGCAUCUUGUCUAUCAUGGUUUUUGUAAAUACUGGAGAAGCUUUGACCAAUUUGACUUAGAAAUGGAAUGUAACUUUGCUUACAAAAUUGCUAUUAAACUCCUCUGCUUAAGGUGUUCUAAUUUUCUGUGAGCACACUAAAAGCGAAAAAAAUAAAUGUGAAUAAAGUUU